GCAGUUUCAGCAGGUACGGAGCUCCUGUGAUCAACACACAUCCAGAUGGCAGCUGGUCCUACUCUAAAUCCACGCAACAGUAUGACGUGUGUUUUAGCUCAGACACGAUGAAGAGUGACGUAGUAGUUUUUCCCUCGCCAUUCCCGCCAGCAGAUGCAGAACUGAUCAGCAUUAAUAGUGGAGAUACUUUCACACGCACCCAAACUCUUCCUACCUCAGACAAGGUUUAACUGUUUUUCCUGCAUUUGCUGUUACUUCUCAGCGUAUAACAUUGAAUUUCAGAACCACCCAUUGGACAGCGACAAGAGUGGUCAUUGUUUAAAGUUGCACUUGUUUUGGGUAAUUUUAUUAUCACAGUUUGUUUCAAUGAUUUAAUCAAUUACUUAUUGAUCUGACUGAAUAGACGGUGUGGUCUUUCCAGAUUUGCUGAAAAUGUGUUUAAUAGAUUGUGAUUAAUAUUCAUUGCUGACACUUGUCAGAUAUGAGUGAUUGCUAGAAAGUUUUUCUCUGAUAUUAAGAAAAUAUUUACGCUAUUGUAUUUACUUUAUUUGCUAAACUACGGUUCUUUGUUGCUGAAAUGCAUACAGGGCGUUUUAUGUCCUUUAUUUGGAUGAAUUAUAGCGCUGGCAGAACACUGGUAUUUAGUAGCCACGUGGAGGCGCUGUUAACCGUGAUUUUUAGCAGGACCGUUAUAGCCAGUUUAUUUGAAUAACUCCUCCUUCCGAAGCAUCAUACCCUAACCAUGUUGAACAGCGUUGUUUUCGGAUACGACACAUCGAAUAUUUGAUUCACUGGUUAAUUUAUUUCGGAAGAUUGUUUGUUUGUUUACAUUGAAUGUUUUAAGUCUUGGUUCUGAGCAAUGAUGAAUAAAUAUGUUGGAGCCACAUGGACUACGAUUUUGCUGUUUUAUUGUUCAUGGACCGUAUCUUCCGGUCAGAUUGUCUAUUCUGUCUCAGAGGAAGUCAAUACAGGAACCGUUGUCGGAAAUAUCGCAAAAGAUCUUGGCAUCAAUAUGCAUGAACUGGAACCUCGUCUUUUUCAGAUUGUGUACGGAACCAACAAAAGGUAUUUUGGGGUGAAUUUAAAGACUGGGACUCUGUUUGUGAAUAACCGUAUCGAUCGAGAAUCUCUGUGCUCUAGUGAUCAGAAAUGCACAAUGCUUGUAGAAGCAAUGGCUCAUAAUCCGUUAAAUCUGUAUAGAAUAGAAAUCAAUAUAAUUGACAUCAAUGAUAACGCUCCAUCUUUUCCGAUGAACAGUCAUGUACUAAACAUAACAGAAGUCUCCUCUCUUGGAGAGAAAUUUUCUCUUCCUUUAGCUGAAGAUCCGGAUUCGGGCAAUAACGCAGUUAAAAGCUAUAAGCUUAGUCACAACGAACACUUUUCUCUAGAUGUGCAGAACGUAGAGCAAAGUGUUACUGUUGAACUGGUACUGAUAAAGCCUUUAGACAGAGAGAAGCAGUCUGUCAUUCGUUUAAUAUUGACUGCUGUUGAUGGAGGGAAACCGCCGAUGUCUGGAACAUUAGAGGUAAUAGUAAAUGUGUUGGAUGUUAACGAUAAUUCUCCUGUGUUCAGCAAAUCUCUUUAUAAAGUGAAGGUAAAUGAAAACAUUGUUUUAGGAACACAAAUCAUCUCCCUCACCGCCACUGAUUUAGACGAGGGAAUAAAUGGCGAUAUUACAUAUUCCAUUGUUAAGCAAGGGAAUGCCAAAGUGUCAGAUCUGUUUUCAAUAAAUUCCGAAAGCGGACUAAUAAAAAUCAGAGGUAAAAUUGAUUAUGAAGAAAAUGCUGCUAUUGAAUUAAGGGUGGAAGCCAAAGAUAAAGGCCAACCAUCAAAAAGUUCGCAGUGUAAGGUGUUAAUUGAAGUAAUUGAUGUGAAUGACAAUCCGCCCGAGCUCAUGGUGACUUUGUUGGCAAGUACUAUUAAAGAAGAUUCAAAGGUCGGAACAGCUGUGGCUUUAAUUACAAUCUCUGAUAAAGACGGAGGUAAAAACGGAAUAGUGCACUGCAAUAUUUUAGGUCAGGUACCGUUUAAGAUCGAGUCAUCGUAUAAAAACUAUUACUCUUUAGUUGUCAACGGACCACUGGACAGAGAGGAAAUUGCGAAUUAUAAUAUCACAAUAAGAGCUACAGAUGAGGGGACACCAUCACUUUCGAGUACAAGUGUUAUAACAGUUCACAUAUCUGAUGUGAAUGACAACGCGCCACGCUUUCCAGAACCUGUGAUGAACGUGUAUUUAAAAGAAAACAGCCCAGCAGGCGCUGUUAUAGCAAGAGUGACCGCUGAGGAUUCAGAUAUCAACGAAAAUGCUCAUAUUACGUACAGUUUAAUUAGCAGAGACAAAACUGUCAUUCCAUUUAUUUCAAUGACAGACGUAAACCCUGCGGGUGGAGAGUUGUACAGUAAACAAUCCUUUAACUUCGAAGAACUCAAAUCAUUUCAAUUUGAGGUUCAUGCAGUUGAUUCUGGAAAUCCACCACUAAGCAGCAACUUGACAGUAAAUGUUUUUAUAACGGAUGAAAACGACAACAGUCCAGUUAUACUGCCGCCGUAUUCAGAACCCGGAUCAGUAAAUACUGAGAACAUUCCCUAUUCCGCUGAAGCGGGUUACUUUGUAGCUAAGAUCAGAGCUGUUGAUGCUGAUUCUGGAUAUAACGCACUUCUGUCGUAUCACUUGACUGAACCCAAAGGAACGAAUCUAUUUCGAAUCGGGACCAGCACUGGAGAAAUAAGGACCAGGAGAAGAAUGAGUGACAAUGACUUAAAAUCACACCCACUUAUCAUUACAGUGUCUGAUAAUGGAGAGCCAUCACUAUCAGCAACUAUGUCUAUGGAUGUUGUGGUUAUGGAGAGUAUGGAUGACAUAAAGACAUCGUUUAGACAAGUUCCAGUUAAGGAGGAGAGUUUUUCAGAUCUGAAUCUGUAUCUGCUCAUCGCUAUUGUCUCAGUGUCAGUCAUCUUUUUACUGAGCCUCAUUGGUUUGAUAGCAGCUAAAUGGUACAGGACAGACAGCAGUUUCAGCAGGUACGGAGCUCCUGUGAUCAACACACAUCCAGAUGGCAGCUGGUCCUACUCUAAAUCCACGCAACAAUAUGACGUGUGUUUUAGCUCAGAUACAAUAAAGAGUGAUGUAGUAGUAUUUCCUAUACCAUCACAAUCUAUGGAUGGCGAGCUGAUAAGCAUAAGCGAUAGAGAUAAUUUCACGCUGACUCAAACGCUACCUAAUAUGAAGGUAAGACAUUUGCUUGUAAAUAUACUUUUAUUUAUUUGCUUUUUCGUUAGUGUAUAUUUUCACAGUGUACUUUACUCAACAGGUCUAUACAAUAAUACAACUUGGUUUAUUUUUUCUUUGCAAUAA